GCUCUGACAUGUCUUUUGGCUUUGACCAAGCCCCUCUCCGCUUGGCUCUGUCAAUCACAGGCCACAGAACAAGAUGGCAGGCUAUGGGAGCAGGGUCUUCUUUUUAACAGUUUGUGCUGUCAGUUUGCUCGGGGCCAAUGCAGAGAUCAAGUUUACCAUUCCUGUGGGGAAGUUCUUCACCUAUGAGCUGAUGAGAGAGACUUUCCAGAAUGACUUUGAACCUUUGUCUAAACUUUACGCUGGACGCUUGUACGAUGACCCCAUGAUUUUUAAGUGCAACCGGCAGAACUACCCAGACCUCCCAGAGUGGCUACGCUUAACCCAGAGGCACCCUUUUGAUAAUGGCUUCCUGUACGGCACGCCAACAUCUCCAGGAAAAAGCAUAAUUGAGAUCUAUGCCAUCAACAAACGGAGCUAUGAAACAGCCAGACACAUCCUCGUCAUCAAAGUCACUGCAGAGAAGAUGCUGCCCUAUCAAGCAGAGUUCUUCAUCAAGCUGAGGGAGAUUGAGAAGGUGCUGCCCUCUUCUGUUCAGGAUGAGAUCAAGCAGGAUUUACAGAAGCUGUGGGAUACAGAGGCUUUGGAGAUUGUCAACAUCACCAACGCCCUCGACCGUGGCGGCAGAGUUCCCCUUCCUCUUGCAGGACACUUUGAAGGCGUUUAUGUGAAGGUGGGGUCGGAGCAGUAUUUCUCAGAUUGUCUCAUGAGGGUGCUGACACCGGAGCAUGAAAAGCAGUGCACGGCCGGGGCCAGAGUCAGAGCUCCAGGAGGGUGUAACUUCUGCACCAUUCCCAGCAACUGUAUCACCUGGUGCAAGACAGAGCUGUUUGAUCUGACAAAGCAGGAGCCGGCUCCACCUGCUCCCACGAUGGGUUCGGGGAUUCUGGAGGCCGGAGGUGAAUUCGACCCUCCCGAGUCUCCCCCGAGCAGAGACUUCUUCCCGGACUACAUUGUGACAGUGAUCGUGCCUCUGAUCCUCGCCAUCAUCCUGUGUAUCCUGCUGGCCUACGUCAUGUUUUGCAGACGAGAGGGAAUUGAGAAAAGGAACGCAAGAACAAACCAAAUUCAGCUGUACCACCACCACACCAUCCACGGGAACACAGACGAGCUGAGGAACAUGGCUGGAAACCGUGGCGUUCCUCCACCUCUGUCCACAAUGCCAAUGUUCAACAGCCGAACCGGGGAAGGGGCCCCGCCGCUGCAUUCUGACAGCCCCACCAUCCCCCUCAUCAUGGCCCAGCAUGAUCCCUACAGUGACACACUGCCCAGGAAGUGAGAACAACGAUGGAUAAAGUAUCUUUGAGUGUCAUUCAUACAGUCAUUGGUUCUGUAUUUGCAGUGGUAAAUGAUGUUUUCUUUCUUCUCUAGGUUAAAUUAAAUUAAUAGCAUGUUGUUUGUCAAAUUGUCAUUUGCUGUUUAUGAUCUGUAUUCCACCGUCAUCAAUAAUAAAAAUGAUCAAAAGCCA